AUGUCGUUUGGGAUAGACAGAUUCUUCUCAAAGUCGCCGAAAAGGACGAUACACGAGGAGCUGCCUCAUGAAGACGAUGCGCGGAUACAGGGGCCAUCGCCUAGUGCACCCGUGCUACGCUGGUUGGGCGACUGGCCCGCGCCCAAGAAGAAGAACCGCCACAAUCGCUCGCAUUCCGACAUUCCUGCACCCAGAUCAUCACCAUCUCCCUCCAGCUCGGCGCCCUCUACCCCCGGCACUCCUCCCCCUAACCUCGCGGCACUCCAGGAAGCACUCUCCGAAUCCCUGCCCAAGUUUCCCCCAAUAGCACGCCUCCCCGAAUCAUUCAGACCAGCAUCUACUAUUACACGACCCCCGCCCUUCUUCGAUAAUCUCACCCGUUCUACAUUACCCACCGCGUCGCUCUUUCCCCCUCCGUCAGAGAGUGAUCAGAGCGUAGAUAUUCCACCGCUAGCCAACCCUAAUGAUUUACCCCCAGUAGUCUUGAAUUCGCCGCCCAAAGGCUCUUCUCUUAAUUCUCUACGCCGUCUCUCGCUGAGGGAACGCGAACCUAGUGGUCACAGUCAAUCUGGCUCACUUUUAUCGAAGUCGAGUCCGCCCACACGACCAGCCAGCCCAACAGGAUGGUGGUGGUUCCAGCCGCAAAAUAAGGGGGAUGUCGACGCGUUGUUAGAGGAGGAAGAUAGGGCACACACGCUGCAGCAGGAACGGUCACACCUCUCCCGCAAAUAUCGCACCCCGAAGAACCCGCUAGUAUUUUGUCACGGUCUCUUGGGCUUCGAUUCAGUCAAGCUGGGUCCUGCUAUCGCUCCGUUAGAAGUGACGCAUUGGCGAGGCAUCAAGGAAGUUCUAGAAGCCAAUGGCGCCGAGGUACUCAUCACUCGUGUGCCUGCGACCAGUAGCCCCAUAGAGCGCGCUAAAGUCCUCGAGGAGAAGAUAUCGCAAACAUACCCCGGGCGCAGCGUGCAUCUCAUAGGUGGUGGAAUCGAUUGUCGAUAUUUAACCUCGCGUCUGAAACACCGCAAAUUCGACGUACUCUCCGUCACAACCAUCGCCUCCCCACACCGCGGCUCCUCCUUCGCCGACCACUUCCUCUCGACCGUCGGCACGCGCAUGCCCUCCGUGCUCUCGCUCCUUGAUCUCUUGCCGAAUGGGGGCGGCGACGGAAAGGCGUUUGAGUGCCUGACUAUUGAGGCGAUGCGCAAGUUCAAUGAGGAGACGCCGGAUGUGCCGGGGGUUAAGUAUUUCAGCUGGGGCGCGACGUAUAAUCCUGGGUUUAUUGAUACGUGGAAAUACCCUCACUCGGUAGUGCUAGAGAAGGAAGGGCCGAAUGACGGGCUGGUGUCUAUCGAGUCGGCGAAAUGGGGAACAUAUCUAGGCACACUAGAGGACGUGAACCACCUCGAUCUCGUGGGCUGGAUAAACACCGCACGGUAUAAGUGGGCCGAGAUAGUGGGCAAAGAGAUCAAGUUUCGGCCGGCGACGUUUUAUCUUGCUGUGGCGGAUAUGCUGGCGGGAGAGGUGGAGGGGCAGCCGAAACUGGCCGGGCAGGAGGAGGGGCCGAGUGGAGCAGGAGGGUCGGCCGCCGGGAAGGGGGCGGUGGUGAAGGAUACACUUGAACAGGAAGGGAAGCAAGGUAUAGAGGAAGGGGCAGGAAAGGAUGCUUCUGGCGGACCGUCCUGUUCGGGUAUUGAACAUUCGGGCGAGAAUGCACUUUCGCCUUCAACUAGUCGCAACACGAAUGAAGAUGAGAGCAAUACUCAGGUCGAGUCACGGCGAACGAGCGGCGACCAUGACAAGCGCCCGGAAAGGUGA